AUGGACCAACCGCAAGGCCAAGUCCUGGGUGCCGAGAAACCAAAGGCAAAUACAGAAGUCAACAAUCCUUCCAUCGAAAUCGAGUUGAGCGGUAUGCAGGACGCGGUGAUCGACACGAAUUCUGGCCCGGCAUCAGCAGAGCAAAGUGAAACACGGGAAGAUGCCAUUCUCCCCGAUGCGCAAUGUGAGAUAGAACCUCCAACCCCCGCAAACAAGAAUGCUGGUUCCAAUUUUAUGCUCUACAAUAGUCGCUGGAGAGACUGUUCUGAAGGUGCAUCGAAAUUUCAUCCUGGAUUCGCCCUUGAGGCAUUCGUGAAUGAGUUUGAUGCAUCGGGCCCAAACGCCGAAGCUCUUGGAUGCUUUUUGCAGUUCCAGUACACCCGCGAUUACACCGUACCGCAAGCCGAGACUCCGUCGGAAGGAACAGAUUCAAGUGGUCGACAGCUCCGACAAUACGCGCGAAUUUACACACUGGCGGAGAAACUGGGGUUGCCUGCGCUGAAAUGCUUGGCGCAUACCAAAAUUCACGGACUCAAGGGCACUCCGAGCGACGAGCUGGUCUACGCCCGCUAUAUCUACACCUACACUCCUAAGAACGACACCACGAUACGCGGACCCAUCGCGUCGUUCUGGGCCUCCUGCGGCCAUGUUUUGCGGUAUGAAGUUGAGGAAGGAUGGAAGAAACUCUGUUUCGAGAUGCCCGAGUUUACAUACGACGUAGUGACUGUCGUUCUGGACCAUCCGAGGACGGAGAAGGAGAAAGAGAAGACCGGUCAGUUGGAGGCAGAAUCGAGUGGCAGAGGUAGUGCUAGGAAACAUCCCCGAAGUGGCGUCUAA